UCGUUUUUGCGCAGCUGUACCUUUCGAUACUUUCAACCUUUAAUUUGCAACAAGCGCGAUGAGAGAUCAAAGUUGCAAAACAAUGCAUGAAAAAACGAAAUCAGCGAUGAACGCACGUGCGAUGACUAACAACGUUCUUUUAGCCAUCAGCCAAUCGACCGAUCGGACGGUCAUCAUCAGAAGACAAAAUUGACAGAUCGACCUGGGGACACCCACCUCAACUCGACUGUCGCCCUUUAUUUCGUGUUUCGUGUGACAGCGUGAACGUAAAGCGCGUCCUCGGGGUUCUUCCGAAUGACGAAACUCGACCUAUUUGAGGACACUGUGCGUGUACCGGCAAAUGAUGGCGAUGAUGGCGACAAUAGCGGCGCCAGUUAGUAUCUUCACGAGAGAUGCUUUUUUGAGAAGAGUAUCGUGAGCGCCGCGAGUCCCACCGCAAUCUCUCAACUCCCGGAGCUGGAUCGCGAAGCUGUCGCGAACACGACCGGGUGAAGGUGAAGUACGACGGGGAGAUUCGUGUGUGGGGAUCCAGUAGGAAAUGGCUGCCGUUUUGAAGAGAGAAUUUCGUACCGUGACGAGCGUGCUCGCCGGCAACGGGAAUCUACCGUUGCUCAUAGCCGCACGGUAUCUGACGAGAUCGUCGAUCCGCUGUGACAUCAGUGAGGGAUGGCUGAGCAAACUCCUGGUGAGGAAGAUCGAGCCCACAAAAGAAUCGCACUCGCGAAUGCUCUCCGACAAGGAGGUCAUUUAUGCACUGCACACUCAAAACAUACGGCCAGAUUCGAUUGACAAAUACUUGGCCAACUAUGAGGAACACGUUAAUCUGAUACACUCAAAAAAAUCUGAUUUGAAUUGCGAAUUAGUGGGUUCGUGGACAGUGGAAGUAGGAGACUUAGAUCAGGCCUUACAUUUAUGGCAAUAUACAGGUGGUUACGAACGUAUAGAUCAUACACAAGCUGUGCUUUCUAAAGAUGAGUCUUAUCAACGACUGCAAACGGAACGUGGGAAUUACUUAAGAUCACGUCAUUUGCAAUAUCUGUUGGCGUUCAGUUAUUGGCCACCGUUAACAAAAAGGAAAGGGCCAAACAAAUAUGAAAUACGUAGUUAUAGUUUGCAACCAGGCACGAUGAUAGAAUGGGGAAAUAAUUGGGCUAAAGCUAUUAAUUAUAGACGCAACAAUGAUGAACCGUUUGCUGGUUACUUCUCACAAAUUGGUAGAUUGUACAAUGUACAUCAUAUUUGGUGUUACAAGGAUCUUCAAUCACGUAAAGAAACGCGUGAGAGUGCUUGGAGAUCGCCCGGUUGGGACGAGUGUGUCGCUUAUACUGUACCUUUAAUAAGAGAAAUGCACUCGCGCAUAUUAAACCCAACUUCGUUCUCGCCUACAAAAUAAAAUUUAAAUGGGUGCGAACACAAAUGCAUUUGUAUAUUAUUUCUUAUAAAUAUAUAUAUGUACGGAUUGUAAUAUUGUAAAAA